AUGGCAGAGAUUGGUGCCAAUAUUGCAACAACAUGUGCCGAAAGAUUGGUUGAUUUAGGAAUGAAGGAGCUGCCAUAUUUGUGUUGUUACAAUAGUUAUGUUGAAGGUUUUGAAAGGGAAAAGGGAAGAUUGUCAGCUGAAGUGGAGAGUAUGCGUAAAGAAAUAGAAGAAGCUAAAACAAGAAAUGAAACUGAGGUUGACCCUGUAGUUCAGCACUGGCUUGAAGAAGGGGAUGGCAUUAUUCACAAAGACAGUAAACCAAAGAAAUGGUUUGGUUUCUGUGUCAAUUGCUUUUCCCAAUAUUCGCGAGCCAAGGAGCUAGAGAGUGCGAAGAAAGAGAUUCAAACACUAAUUCGUCAACGCAAGAACUUCCCUCAAGUUGCCCAUUUAGUUGGAGCUCCAGGCAUGGCAUAUCAUUCUCAAGAGUUUCUACACUUUGAGAGCAGAGCUUUGAAAUUUGAACGACUUAAGGCGGAAAUUAAAGAUGAACACAAUCAUAUGAUUGGAUUGCAAGGAAUGGGAGGAACGGGGAAAACCACAAUGGCAAAAGAAGUUGGGCAACAAGUUGAAUCAAAGCCCUUCGACAAAGUCAUCUUCACCAAUGUGUCUACCCCUGUGGAUGAAAAAAGGAUUCGAGAUGAUGUUGCGAAGCAAUUGGGAUUGCAAUUAGAGGAAGAAAAGAAAUUAACACAUGCGCAACAAAUAUGGACCAAGAUUGCGAAUGCUGGGAGGGUACUCAUAAUACUUGAUGAUGUCUGGGAAAAGCUCAAUCUUGAGAGCAUAGGGAUUCAGCCUGGCUUCCAUCGCAAGGGUACCUGUAAUAUUUUGCUAACCACGCGUAAUGAGAAUGUUUGUACCCAAAUGGAUUGCCAAAAAAGGAAGAUUAUUCACCUAGAUGCCUUACCUGAGAAAGAUGCAUUGAAUCUUUUCCUUUUUCAUGCUAUUGAAAUUGGUCAGGAUUGUCCUGAUGAUUUGAAAAAAGUGGCAUUGGAUAUUGUGAAUGAGUGUGGAAGAUUACCAGUUAUCAUUGUAGCAGUGGCAAAAACCUUAAGAGACUGGCCUAUAAAAGAAUGGCAGGAUUCUUUGAUAGCACUAAGAAAUACUGAACCAUCAAGGCACAAGAUUGUUGAUGAAGUUGCAAUGAGGUUUUAUAAUUCUUUAAAGUUAAGCUAUACUUCUCUAAAAGAUAGAAAAGCCCAGGUUCUCUUCUUGUUGUGUUCAAUAUUCCCAAAAGCUUACGAAAUACCUGUAGAGCUUUUAAGCAAAAUUGCUAUAGGUAUAGGCCUCUUUGGAGAAGUUGACAAAUAUAAUAUAGCAAGAAGUCAAGUGAAUGUGGUUAAAAACAAGCUCAUAAAUUCUUCUUUAUUGUUGAAGGCUGGUAAAGAAUGUGUAAAGAUGCAUGAUGUAAUUCACGAAGUGGCCCUGGAGAUAGCAAAUAAUGAGAUUGAAGUGAUUGAGGAUUCUAAGAAAAAAUUGAAGGAGAAUAUGAAAUAUUCAUCCUGUAUCAUAGAUGACUUUUCGAAUUGUUUUGAUGGAAGACAACUUGAGGUUCUCUUAAUAUGGAUCAAUAAAAUUGGUUCUUUGAAAGUUCCAAGUGAAUUCUUUAGAAGUAUGAAGAGUCUUAAGGUGUUGCUUUUGUUUUCUAAGAUUGAGUUUGGGAGAACUUCAGCUCUGUCAUUGCCAAAAUCAAUUCAGUCACUAAAAAAUAUCAAAACUCUGUCCCUCACCAAUUGGGAAUUAGGUGAUAUAUCUGUGCUGGAAAACUUACAAAUGCUGGAGACUCUGGAAUUGUUUAAUUGUUUAAUAAUUGAACUACCUAAUGGAGUUAGUGAGCUUAAAACAUUGAGAUAUUUAGGCUUGGUACAUUGCUCGAUUGAAAGGAAUAAUCCAUUUGAAGUGAUUACAAGAUGCUCACAACUAGAAGAAUUGUAUUAUGUUUUGAAUGAGGAUCAUAUGCUCGAGGACGAAGAGGUUUCUCAAAUUACAUCCCUUCCAGAAUAUCAAAGAUAUCAUAUAGAUGGUGGUGACUUCUCUUAUUUUUAUUCUCCUCGGUUGGAUAUUUCAAUAAAAAAGAGUUUUAAACCAGACAAGUUACAAUUUAUAUUCUCCAAAGAACUGAUGAAGUCAUUAGCAACAAGAGCAGAGAUUCUAAAGUUAAAAGAAGAUGUUGAAACGGGUCAGAACAGUCUUAUUCCUGGCAUUGUUUCAAUUGAACAUGGAGCUAUGUGUGACUUAAUCAAGCUUUCUUUGACAUCUUGGUCUGAAAUAAAGUGUUUGGUCCUUGCUGAGAAUCUUCAACUUAAAUCUGGUGUGAAUAUCUUCUCCAAGUUACUUGAAUUGCAACUUAAUGAGGUGACGAUAAGAGAAAUAUGUUGUGGUCGUUAUCCUGAUGGCUUUCUCAAGCAACUAGAAAAGCUGGAGUUAAGGCAUUGUCGAAUGAUGGAAGCUAGAAACAUUAAAGAUCAGUUAUUGUUCUCAGCUGAAAUGCAUAUUAAGGGAAGAGGGAUCAUCAAUAGAGGAGAAAGUGGAUGA